AAACACGAAAUCUGCAUUGUACAAGAAUUUGCUGUGCAUUAUUUAUUGUAGUGGAUUAUUUGGAAGAAAUGGAACCAUUCGUUCGGUUGUGCUGAAGAGUUGUGUAAAGUGUCUAAAAACAGAAUACUAUUCUACAAUAAAAAAAAAAGGUUCCGUUGGCUACCGCCCAGUGUCCCGAAAGCGAUGAGUGCUCGUCCGAGUCCGGCACCGUUCAAACGUUCGAUCGACGGGCUGUUCAAUGCGUGGCUGGUGCUCCGAAAUCAAGGUCACGAAAAACCCCUCCGCAAUGCCCUGUACAACGUGAUGAUGGUGGCCGUGGUGGGAGUGGUCAUCGGUGUAACCCUAGUGUUGGCACCGUUUUUCAAACCCCUCCUAUGGGCGUUCUUGUUUGGGGCGGUCCUGUUUCCGGCGAAGAAACACCUUGCGGAAGCCCUCAAUCGGUGGAUCGAACGCAUCGAAAAGGACGAAAAGUAUCUGGUGCUAGGGGUGCUGGGUGCUCCGGUUCAUGGUGUCGAUUCACUGGGCGAGUACCUGACCGAAUGGCUGCUGGGGCACCUGAAGAUAAUUGGAAUCGGGUUCGGAGGAUUGAUUUUGUUGCGACUGCUGAUGUGGGUUGCACCGACCGAGGUGUUUCUGACGAUUUGGAAUUUUAUCAUGUGGAAGCAUUCGCUCUUUCGGGCUCUGCUCAGCUCGCUGACGCUGCAAAUGUUGGUGAUAAUCAUCGUCCUGUACGUCGUAAGCGUAUACAUGCUAUGGAAACCGGAAUUGUCCACACCGUUUCUCAUAAUCGGUCAGAUGCUAUGGGUACUAAUAGUCGGAUAUGGAUGCAGUUUUCUCGGUGCCCUACAGGUACCCGUGUUCUUGGGACUACUAACCUAUGGAGCCAUCGGGCUAAUCUACAACCUCCAGAAAGAUGAGAAAAAUGCUCGAUUUAUUGAUAAGUGGCACAGUUUGCUGGAUAUAACCAGCUAUCGGUUAGAGGACAGCAAAAUUGAACCUGUGCCCCGUUCCGCCGAUGAUACGGCUGAUUCUUCUAGGAUCGAAGACAUCAAAGCGAAAAUGCAGCUAGACGUUACAACUACUCCUCAAUUGUCCAGUACCAUGAACAAUACUCGAAAUGCCACCAUCAAUUCUACAAUGAACCGUACUCAUGAAGCUCUGGAAAGUGACCUGUACUUUAGAAUACUCUUCUAUGCAUGUGGAGCAGCUCUCAUUUGGAUGCACACGUGGAUUUUAUUUCUAGGAGUUAUCCCGAUAUUUCUACACUUAGUCAAACGCACGGCCGAGUACCUCGGUGUGGUUCAGUACGUUUCCAACAUGGUUCACGUUUACUGGGAACUGCUAAAACUCUGGUUGUUUCCGCGACAUUCAGCUCUGUUACCACUAUGUCUGCCCGGAAUUCUGCGGGUCAAUGCCAACGUACAUCGGUAUGCUUGUGCCAAAAUUCGAUCCUACAUCGACGACAUCAGUUCGAUUGUUAUGAUCGGCUUUCUCAGCGUGCUGGUCAUGCUGGUUAGUGUGUUUGCUUUUGCUCAGAUCUACUCGGAAACGAUCGCCGUGGCGCAGCUCGGAAGCAAUCUGGUCAAUCGGACGCUGACCCAUCGUCCAGAGUUGAUCGAAAUGUUGCCUAUCGACAUGCAAUCGAUGGAUAACAUUAUCGACAAUGCUUACAAAUAUGGAAGAUCCCACAUAGAGCAGUAUGUGGAUGACAUUUUCAACGAUACGGAUCCCACGCAGGCCAAAAAGCUCAAAUGCCAGAUCCUGAGCGUAUGGGAUAGACUGAUCCAGAGCUGGAUGGAUCGAAACAAUGGUGACGGCUUGGUUGGACCCCGUGUCACCAGUCAAUCAAUCCGCACGACGAUCGAUGAGAUUUUCAUCAAUCCAAUUACCAAGGCAGGCAUCAUUGGAUUUGUAAAAAGUAAUAUCGGAAUGUUGCUGGAGGUAGCCGAUUCGUUGUGGAUUCUGCUGCGAACCAAUCUGACUCUGUUGGCUUCUGCAAUUGGAACUCUUGUCUCGGUAAUUCUCGGUGGAGGUCAUGCCGUACUAAAGUUCCUUUUUCAUACUAUCAUCUUCUUCACCACUCUAUUCUAUCUGCUACAAAGCAGUCAAGAUCGCUACGCACCCACUGCGAUCACAAUCAACAACUCGUGGGGCCCUCGAAUCAUCCAGGCACUGGAGGAUUCCAUUUCCAGUGUGGUCGUGGCAACCCUCAAGUUGGCACUGUUCCACGGUCUCUUCACUUGGCUGACGCAUACGAUCGUUGGAGCACAUAUCGUCUACCUGCCGGCAGUGUUAGCAUCGAUCUUAGCCGCAGCGCCCUUCCUGGAAACCUACUGGUGCAGCGUACCGGCGUUCUUGGACCUAUGGCUGUCGCAAGAUCGCUUCUGGCUGGGGGCCAUUCUGGUGCUGGUUCACUUUAUCGUUCCGUCCAACUUUAAUCCGAUCAUACAUUCGGAAAUCAAGGGUGGUGGCCACCCGUACCUGACCGGCCUAUCGAUUGCCGGUGGAAUGUACCUGUUUGGGCUGGAGGGCGCCCUGCUGGGUCCCCUACUACUCUGCCUGCUGGUUGUGCUGUUUGAAGUUACCAUGAGUGCUAUCCGGGAUUCACCAAUUACUCCUCAGACGAGAAAAUCCAGUUUAGAUACAAACAACGAGCUUUACUCACCUGCAACGACGACCAACUAUCGCUUCGGUACCUUCCCCGAGAUGGUGGAUGCGUCCGGAUCAGCCAUGAUGGGCUACGCGAUGGGACCGCAACCGACGACGGCGGCGACGACGCCCGGAGCUGCGCCACGUCAUACGUAGAGAGCUUACAUGGACCGGAGGAUAGUAUUAUCAUUUGAUCCAUCAUUCUUCACUAUGUGGGAUGACGUUUAUUCGGGACUCCACUUUAAAAAAAUAUCUGCAGAAGCUUCUCUCAUACGAGCCAAAGCGUACAUUGGUUAUGAAUUGUUAGAUGUUUGUGUUUUGCUAGAAGUGUAUAGUUUUUUUUUUGGAAUUGAGGAAUAAGUUGACACCAUUCGUGCUUAUUGUAGUAAUACUUAAUGUGAUACGAUGUAAUUUUUAGGAUGAUUGAUUGUUAUGUAUUUAUCUAUUAGUCUAAUUAAUAACAAAUGUCAAAAAAGUUUCCAAAUUUUAGAUAUUUUAACAUACAAAGUAGUGAUAAGUUGUGAGAAAUGUAAAAGGCUUACUAAUGAACAGGCUUUCGUAUUGAACAUACUUAUGAUUUCAAAGUAGAAGACUGUAAGGUACACCGGGGCAAGUUGAAACGCGCGGGGAAGUUGAAACGGUAAGUGAAUUUCUUCGCGGAAGUGAAUAUUCACUGUAAUUAUUUUUGAGACGCAUUGUGUACUACCCCAAGCUACUAGAUUAGAAAUAAUCUUAGUGAUUAUACCGCUAAGAGUUACACCUACCGUUUCAACUUCCCCACGCGUUUCAACUUGCCCCGGUGUAUCUUGUAAUUGUUUUACCACUCGAAUAACUAACGGUAUUCUUUCGUCCAUCAUCUUAUGAGUUAUGAGUCAAAUGACCAAAUGUACUAGGAGGACUUGCGAUGCGCUGUGAAAUUUAACUAAAUCCUAAAGAGAAUCGCCAACCUCGUUGAAGCAUACUGCGAAGCAUUCAAACCAGGCUCAAGCUGUCUGUAUUCAUUCAAGAGGUCUAUCUGAUGAGCACAGAAACCACAUACAAGCUUUUUGUAAACAAACCUUCUUAUGCCAUUUUCUCGCCAACCGAAGGUCAUCCACGCAACCCAUUAACAUCACCGGGUAGGGGAAACUUUCCCCUUCCCGAUGAUGUUGUUGGUUUGCGUGGAUGACCUUCGGUUGGCGAGAAAAGGGCAUGCAAAUGUUUGUUUACAAAAAGCUUGUAUGCCCUUUUCACACGUGGCUCUUGAUUUGGCUUAAAAAUCAUUGAAAUGACAUAACAUUUUUUUUCUUGAUUUGUUUUCCGUCGAUCUUGUUUGUGGUGCUGAGCACCAAUGCUCCCAACGCCAGGGAGGCAGCUCCCACACCUGGAUCCUACCUAUUGACCCAUCAACUCAUGAACCGGGGACCAACGGCUUUACUUCCCUUGAUCGGAUCAGAGAUGUUAUGCCUCAGAACAUCCCGGCGGCGCCGACACGCUUACCAAUACACCACCGGCACUGCUGAAUGGUGUAACUGAACUUCUCUAUUUUUUUUACUUUCCCUUAAGGGCAUUCGAACAUCAUCUCAAAGAUUUCUGAAACAUCUCUGGAUAGCCUUUGAAAAAUAUCAACCGAACUGAACUUCAGUGGUCCAGCUUUAGAUGGUUUGAUUUUCUUCUAGAUGAAAAUUACAUUCCAAAACCAAUUAAACUCAAAUUUAAGUGCUUAGUAAUAGCACUUUAUUGCUUUACUAUGGACGAAUUGCACGCCAACUCUAACGAAACUUUGUGGAUGUACUUAAGCAACUUUGCAUAUUUGUUUUCCUUGAAAAAAAAACUACAAGGGACAGCCCUAUGGGGUUGGACGCAAUGUUGCCGUAGGACUACGUGGUCUGAUAUAAUAAAUCUUAUUUGUUAACUACAGCAUUGUGAUUUGUGUAGGAAUAUGAAUUUUAGCGAGGUUCUCUCUGUUUAUACUCCUUAGUGUGACGCGCUUGACAUAGAUGGCCCACAGCGACUCACUGAUUCCGAUUAAUAGCGGUGCGGCUUCUUCCUCCUUCUAUGGAUGCUCAUGUGGGCUGCAGCUCGCUGCUUGCAGGCAGCCUUUCAUUGUGUACAGGAGAACACCACCACUCACCACGCGGUGAUUGAAUAAACACCGUUUGGUGAGACCGGAUGGAAUUCAACUUUGAAAUCUGUGAUAGGGAAAACGCGUUUCAGCACGCAAUUGAUGAUAACUUUAAUUAUCAUAGCAACAGUUGCACAUUCGUGCAAUUUUCAAUAGUGACAUUUUGAAAAGUGAUAAAGUCUUAAAUUAAACAGAUGCGUAGAAAUAUUUCUGAUCGAUUGGUGAUGAAAUGAUUGAAAUCGGUUUAGGGGCAGCUAAGUUAUUAACGUUCAAAUUCUUUCAUAAUUUUGUUACAUAAUACAUUUUCGGUUUUCACAAAGUG